GAUGCUCACGUUGGAGUGAAUUUGUUAUCUACUACACCGUGCAUCGUGCAGAUGAACUCACUUUAAAUUAAACGGAUUUAAUGACGAAACCUGAUGGCACACUGUAACAUAUUGUUUAUUUUAGCACUAGUUAGUGGAAUAAUAAACUUCGCAAAUGGUAAAACAUUCACUUGUGAAGAUGGAAGAGGUAGUCCUUGCAUUAUACUUGAAAUGGAUGCAACCUUCAAUUUGACAAUGUCGGGAAACGAAACACAGACUUCCAUGUUUUCGUUAGAAACAGCAUCUGUGGAUAAAAAUGCAUGCAUAUGCCAAGACCAUAGUAUUCGAAAACCUUCAAUGUCUAUUAAGACGUUCCCGAGUAACGACACUCUCACUGUUCUUUUUUCCUUGGAGACAGCGAAUGUUUACAUGAAACCGCUUUUCUACAUGCGCCCGCAUAAGCACUUCAAUACCAGUGACCAUAACAAUAUAGAAUUUGUAACGAGUGCAGAUCUUCCCAUUGGUAAUAACGGGAGUUCUUACAAGUGCAUGUCGAGUCAGAAUAUUGCAUUUCAACGGACCGGACCUUACGGAAUGACAAUGACGAUGAUGAACCUUCAUGUGCAGGCUUAUGGUAUCAAGAAUGGCAAUUUAAGUCCAGCCACGAGUUGUCCUGCCGACAUGCCAACAGUGCGGCCCGUAACAACUGGCACCACAACGCCAAUGAGCCAUACGAUGUCGACACAUGAACCACACUCAACUAUCACGCCUGUUAUUAUUUUUAUAAUGUACUUUCUUUACAUGUAAUGACUACAUAUACAAAACGAAUUAUGCUAUGGUUACUUACAUGUACAAACACACGCUCACACUACGCACGUAGGUACGAAUAGUGUGUGUGCGGGUGAGAACGCGUGUGCGUGUGUGUGUGUGUGUGUGUGUGCGUGCAUGUGCGUGCUUGUGCGUGGACGUGUGUAUGUCCCAGAGCAGCAAUGUUUAUUUAUCAAUUAUACUUAACAUUGACAUAUCACACAAAUUAAAUUGUAGUGUAAUUUAUAAAUGUAUCGUUUUUUGUGUAGAUGGAUUGCUCAUAUCACCGCAUCAAGUGGCUUGAGAUAUCUUAUAAAUGCACUUGACUUAUCAUGAUAACAGUUUCAUUUGUUAUCAUAAUUCAACUGAUUGUUUGCCUCUACUACAUUUUGCGAGGUAUAUCCGAGCUUACGGAGGUGGCCGAGAAGUUUCGGGUAGUUACGGGUUUACAAACCGUUAUGCCAUGCACAAUCGGAACUCCUCGGCUAGUAUCAAGAUAUCU